CCUAUACUAUAUUCUGCAGACCCAACUAGAAUCCGCAGACCCCCUAUACUAUAUUCCACAGACCCAAUUAGAAUCCGCAGACUCCCUAUACUAGAAUCCACAGACCCAACUAGAAUCUGCAGACCCCUUAUACUAGAAUCCGCAAACCCAACUAGAAUUUGCAGACCCCCUAUACUAGAAUACACAGACCCAACUAGAAUCUGCAGACCCCUUAUACUAGAAUCCGCAGACCCAAUUAGAAUUUGCAGAACCCUUAUACUAGAAUCCGCAGAUCCAACUAGAAUCUGCAGACCCCUCUAUACUAGAAUCUGCAGACCCUUUAUACUAGAAUCAGCAAACCCAACUAGAAUUUGCCGACCCCCUAUACUAGAAUACACAGGCCCAACUAGAAUCUGCAGACCUCCUAUACUAGAAUCCACACACCCAACUAGAAUAUGCAGACCCCCUAUACUAUAUUCUGCAGACCCAACUAGA